CACCCGGAAGCUAAAAGAAAGCUGAUCACAACAACAAAUCUUCAUAAACCAAACUUGAAUUUUACAAAUAUUCGGGUUGUUAAUCAUGGAGUCGACCCUUGAGCAGCAUCUUGAUGAUACCAUGAAGAAUCCAGCAGUGGUCGGAGUGCUUUGUACGGAUCAACAAGGACACAACCUGGGCUGUCGCGGUUCCCUGUCUGAUGAACAUGGUGGCGUUGUUUCUGUUUUGGCCAAACAAGCUGCAGCUCUCACCAGAGACCCAACAGACUCUCCGACUGUGUGCCUGGAGUCUGACUCCGGAAACAUCCUGGUGAGGAGCCAUGGCACCAUUACAGUAGCUGUUCACAAAAUAGCAUCUUGAAGAUUCACAUAUUGUUUUUAAAAAAAAAAAAGUUACAUGUAAACACAACUAUGUACAAUCACAUGAACUUAAUGUACUUUGGCAAAGAUCUUCAGGUCAAAGGGAAAGAUGAAUUUCUAGUCUAGUAUAUUCAACUUCUGUAUUAAUACCAGACAAUGCUUGCUAAUUUUCUGAUACAUGGAGUGUGAUUUUCUUUCUUUCUUCUUCUUCUUCUUCUUCUUUCUUUCUUUCUAUUCUUUUUUAGAAUGAAUAUACAUCCGUUUGUCAGUAAUGCUAUUUUAUUGAUGUCGUGUACAAAAUAGGUCUUGUAUCAUGUUAUUUCCAUAAUGUUGAUGCUGGGUGUGUGUGUGUGUGUGUGAGAGAGAGAGACAUUAUCAUUAACAUCCACAUCCUUCAAUCCAAGGCAGUCAUGCAAAGAAUAACAACCCUUAAUAAACUUUAACUUGACUUUG